ACAUUAUCCUAAUAGUUUAAUGAUAAAGAGUUAAAGGACUAAAGUAGCAAUUUACUACGAAAAUAUCCAAAGCCCCGUUUGCAAGCAAUUUCCACGUUUGUUUUUGGGCAACAAUAAAAAUUUCGAUUUGAUUUUCGGUGGCGCUCUCGCGCUUUCUCUCGCCCAUUCCCAUUCCCCACUCUACCAGCAUUUCCGUUCUAGGGUUUCAUUUUUCUCAAACAGUUUCGACUCUUUCUUCAGAAUCUAUAUUCGAUCGAGGAAGAAGGGAUCUGAGUUGAUUUCGUGCUUAAAUUUUUUUUUCUUCUCAUCAAAUUUGCCGAUAUGAAGCUCACUGUGAAGACUCUGAAAGGCCGCCACUUCGAGAUUAGGGUUCAGCCGUCCGAUACUAUAAUGGCGGUGAAGAAAAACAUUGAAGAUGUACAAGGAAAAGACAAUUAUCCAUGUGGUCAGCAGCUUUUGAUUCACAAUGGGAAGGUUUUGAAAGACGAGACUACCCUGGUGGAUAACAAGGUGUCUGAAGAUGGUUUUCUCGUUGUUAUGCUUAGUAAGGCCAAAACAUCGAGUUCUGGUGGGCCAUCAGCUGCUCAGCCUACAUCUACUGCUGCCCCAAGUUCUGCGCCUGCACCUGCAUCUGCACCUACACCUACACCUGCGCCUGCGCCUGCGCCUCAAGCCCCUAGUCCAGUUCCUGCCUCUUCAAAUGCAUAUGGUGAAGCUGCUUCUAAUGUAGUUUCUGGAAAUAAUGUUGAGCAAACUAUUCAGCAUUUAGUGGACAUGGGUGGUGGUGCUUGGGACAGGGAAACUGUUGUCCGUGCCCUUAGAGCUGCUUAUAACAAUCCAGAACGAGCUGUGGAUUAUUUGUAUUCAGGUAUUCCAGAAACAGCAGAAGUUGCUGUCCCAGUGGUGCAGACCACUAACUCAGCAACCCAAACGGGUCCAGCUCCUGGGGCACCCAAUUCAUCUCCACUAAAUUUGUUUCCUCAGGAGAACCCUUCUGGUGAUGCUGGUGCUGGUGCUGGAGCUGGAUCUCUUGAGUUUCUUCGUAACAAUGAACAGUUCCAAGCUUUGCGUUCAAUGGUUCAAGCUAAUCCUCAAAUUUUGCAGCCCAUGCUUCAGGAGCUUGGAAAGCAGAAUCCUCACCUUUUGAGAUUAAUAGAGAGUCACAAUCAAGAGUUUCUUCAGUUGAUCAGUGAGCCAAUGGAUGGUUCUGAAGGGUAAGGAGGAUACAACUUUGACAAUGCAUAUGCCAAGUCUGCUAAGUAAUUCGAGGGUUGUAAACCAGGUUUUUGUCAUCUGAAAUUGGAAAAUUUUUUCUUUUUUCCGUUGAGUUUCGGUGAUGCAUGGUUUUGUUAUUUUAAGGGUUGAAAAGUUGCAGUAUAACGUAUACUUGUUGGUUGCUAUCAUUAUUGUCGAGUACUUUAGCUAGUGUGGCUACUUGUAGAUUGUAGAUGUUUAAUCGAUUUUUAUCCUUGAAAAUAAAUUUUGUAUGUUAAGUUUAUGGUUGGAGGUCUUAAUCUAUUUUCAAACAGUAUUCAGUACGGUUAGUGUAAUAAUAUGUUUUUGUUCUGUCAUCAGAAGCAUACUUAAGCGUGUUGAUUUUAACUUUGUAUUUCUUUGUUUAGGGAUUUAUUUGAUCAGGCUGACCAGGAUAUGCCUCAUGCUGUUAGUGUUACACCAGCUGAACAGGAGAUCAUUCAGCGGGUAUUCAAACACUUCCCUUCCAUGACUCUUUGCUUAGAGGCAAAAGGAAAUAACUCCUUGUUGCCUUUGUACUCCUCUAGUUGACAUACUUUGCCACUUAAAACAACAUCAUUUGUCCUUUUUACAGUUUAAUUGAUUGCUGAUUCCGUUUCUGCUCUUUCAUUGCAGCUUGAAGGCAUGGGCUUUGAAAGAGCUCUUGUUAUUGAGGCUUUCCUAGCAUGUGACCGUAAUGAAGAAUUGGCUAUCAACUAUCUGUUGGAGCAUGGGGGAGAUUAUGAAGGUUAAAGUAGCAUAUUACUGUGACAUUCUCUAGCACCUAUAGUUAUAAUGAAGACUUUUGGAUUUCGCAGUAGGCUUAGUUAAUGAAACCUUAUUUGUGAUGUAAUGGCUAACUUCAUACGAGAUGUUGGCUGGUUUUCUUACCCUUUUUCCUUAGUUCCUUCAUUAUCAUCACCCAUGAUGGUUUUCGGAAAUGGUAUAGAAAUAUUGUCCAUCAGUGUUUAGAAUGUGUGUAUACUGCUUGACAAAUGUGCUGCUUAUUUUCUGCUGAGUGCAUAAUGCGUAUGAACUUUCUUUAACAGCAUCAUGUGUUCAAAAUACCAAAUAAUCUCUAGCCAUUUAUGCUUUCCAGAGUCCACCACAAAGGUACCAUACUUCUUGAUUACCUUACAAAGGUUAUCAAUCAAACAUACACACGAAUUUAUUGUUUUGAACCAUUUCCACUGGUACGACAAACAUGCGUAUGCUUUUAGACAUAGUAUAAUUUAGUGAACAUCAUCUUUCUGAGAUAUGAAAGAAGAGGUAUCUAGUCGAAAGUUUAAACAAAGCACUCCAACACGACAAACAUGACAAUAUUUUAAAACGCAUAACGGGAUUUCUGCAGUACGAUGAACCAAGGGAAUCAGUGAUAUCAAUUAGUUGAAACUAAUUGGAUACUUGGGCUCUUUAGUUGCACGAAAGAGACCAAAAUGUCUUUCAGUCGCUGCUCCCUGCUUCUCAUUCUCAUCAAACAUGGCAAACAGAUAGGUUUCUAUGGCUCUUCCAGGCCUCUUUGGAGUUCCAGCCCCGGAGUUGACGUGACGAAUUAGAUUGCUAACAUACUGUCUCGCAUUCCGCCAAGAAGCAGCAGGAGGAUUUCCAUAAGAUGGCCAGCCGGUUUCUGAUACCACAAUGCGUACAUUGCCACCGCCUUCUUUCUCAAGGGCAGAGUAACAAGCAUCCACCAUUGCAUCGAAAAUGUUCUGGUAUCUCAGCGAACCAUCCCAAACGACGUUGUCAGGAGCAUUGUUGAACAGCGCAUAAUCAAGCCCCACGUUUUGACUACCAAUGUAGCUGAAGUAAGGGUAUAUGUUAACCAACAACGGUGCAUUGUUGCGGACAAGGAAAUCAAUUAUGGGCCUGAUGAAUCGCUUCGCAUCAUCCCUGAAGGAACCUUGAGACGGAGGAUAAGAAACGUCUAUGAGAGCCAUGAAUGUUGCAGUAGAGACCUUGAUCCUGUCGCCUAGACCGGCUCCCCAGAUUGCUCUUUGCAAGUUUUCCAUGGCUGGGCCGACGUAUUGAGCCAUCCAGGAAGCAGUGGAGAUUUCAUUUCCAACAGCAAUGUAUUUGAAAUUAACAUCUGACGAAUAAGCUCGUAUGUUGGUCUGAACCCAAUUCACGGCUGCUGAAGAAUCUGUUGCAAGCCGUUGAAUGUCCUCGUUCGCAACAUCUACCAUAAGUUCAAUGUUGCUUCCUCGCAAGGCAUUCAGGACUUCCGGAACUGGAGCAUAGAUUCUCAUUCUCCCAAUGCCAUACUGCUUGUAAAGACCAAUAACGUCCUGUUUUGAAGGCAAAUUAUUGCCGUUUAGUCCAUAGCAGACGCCAAUCUGUGCGCUUACAUUUGAUACAUUGAAACUAAUUAGCAGAAACAGCCCAAUUAGUGCUAACACAGACACCAUUGGAAAAUGCAGAAUUUAGAGAAAAGAAAGCAAGAGGUAAAGGGAAAGCUUUUGAUGUUUGGAAUGAAUGGAUGCAUGUUCAAGCUGUGGUGCUGCUUCUAUUUAUACAAGUUUUCCGGGGAGUUUCAUGAUCAACAAGAAGUUGGGUUACAAAGAAUGAUUACUUUAGCCUGGACCCUCUAAAAUCCUCAGUGGGUAAAUAUCCUAUUGGUACCACUACCGCAUACGAAUGAUGGUAGACUCGAUGCUUAUUUCCAAGUCAAUGGCACGUGAUCAAGAAGCUUUCAUAUGAACUUGGCUGUUUUGAAUCAUCCUAGUUCAUCUGUACAAUGAUUAUGCUAUUGACAGACCUCCACUUCCACCUUUCUCCAUCCUCUUCUCAAUGCCUGUUCUGAGUCCCAAAAACAGAACCCACAAUUUACUUGUUACCCUUC